AGCCAGGUUGCCAUACAUUUGACACAUUAACAUUUGGUAUUUUCAAACACUAGUCAACGGCAUCACUGGCUCAUAUAAAUAAACAAAACCCGCCGGAGAAAGUGGCGAUAAACAGCGCCCAUAAAACGUCAAGAUGCGUGACUGGAUGCCAGUGCUCUUCUGCGGACUGUCCGUGCCGAUCUCGCUGUUCAUGUGGCUGGGCAAUGUGGCGCUGUCCAAGUUCUGGAGCAGUGACUUUGAGGGUUAUCCGACAGAGUCCCGGGUGAUUCCGCCGGUGCGCUGGCUCUUCUCCACACUGGCGCCCUUGGCCCUGAUGACUGUGGCUCUGCGCCGGAGGAGCGUCAACCGAUCUGGAGCUGCGCUGGGCAUUCUGGUGGCCUUCAUUCUCUCCAUCGCCAGCCAUCCGUUCUUCGCCAGCUUGGUGGUGUUCUUCUUCAGCUCAUCGCGGGCCACCAAGUUCCGCGCGCACAUGAAACGCCGUUUCGAGAGCGAUUUUCGCGAGGGCGAAGGCCAACGAAACUGGAUACAGGUACUCUGCAACGGAGGCAUGGCCGCCCAGCUUGCAUUGCUUUAUCUGCUGGACUGCGGUAGUGGCGAGCGGGCGGUGGACUUCGCACGAGAAUACCGAUCCAGCUGGCUGGGUGUGGCCGUUAUGAGUGCGUUUGCCUGUUGCAAUGGCGACACCUGGUCCAGUGAACUAGGAUCCGUGCUGUCGCAACGCGAUCCAGUUUCUAUCAUCACCUGGCGCAGAGUGCCGCGCGGUACCAAUGGUGGGGUUUCGUUGCUCGGCGUCGCGGUGAGUCUGCUCGGCGGUCUGCUCGUCGGCUUUGGCUAUUUCGUCACCGUUCGUUACACGGUUGAGGCCAAAAUGCUUCUGAUUAGCCCACCACAAUGGCCAAUCAUCGCCUUCGGUGGCAUCGCUGGACUUUUUGGGUCCCUUUUGGACUCUGUCCUAGGUGGUCUGCUGCAGUUCUCGGGCAUCAAUGAGGAAGGCAAGAUUGUGGAUACACCUGGAAAGGGAGUGCGCCACGUAAGCGGACUGCGCAUCCUGGACAACCAUAGUGUCAACCUGAUUUCCAGCAUCGUCACCGGCGUCACCAUUCCUCUCCUGGCCCAGAGAUUCUGGCCCGUGCGCUAAUGCUGUUUUGGAUUAGGAUUAGCUGCAUUCAAUAGCUAAAAAUGUCAAAGGCUGCCUCACAAGAUUGAAUUCCGUGUUAAACAUAAACCCAUCCUCAUAAAGCCUUUUAGACAGAUAUAUUUUUAUGAAGCUUACAUAUCGCCUAGCGAACUAACCAACCUAUGAGACUCGAUGAAAACAACGAUUGGGCACCGAAUAGCCAAGGCAGUUAGAUUAUAUUUACUCUAAGGUAGCUAACCAUGUUCCUUUACGGAUUAUGACGUUGUUGUUACUGUGACUGUUCACCUCCAUUUUGUGUAUUAACUCUACUAAACACGAACCGUACAUGUGGAUCUAUUGUCAUUGUCUCGAAAUUCUCGUACGUGACGGAAUACAUUUUCUGAUUUGGUUAUGUAUAUUCUUAUGGCGUCAUCUCAAGUUGUUUUCAACAAUUUGGAGAUCAAUGAUUGGUUCCCGCUGGAAUAAUUUUAGCAGACCUCGCUCCAAAUCGAAUGUUUUGCUUAUUGCACAAGCAAUUGCUGUUGUGGUGAUUAAAAUAUUCAUGAAAUUUCUAUAACACAAUUCGAAAUUUUUGAAUUUGAGGUAAUAGAAUAGAAUUAAGUUCUUCAACUGAGGGUUUUAAAAAUAUCUUUUGUUCGAAAUAUAGCUACUACUCAUAAAGUCUUCGAAUCCAUUGUUGUUAGUACAUUAAAACAUGAAUCCAAUUG